CCAAAGAUUUCGAAGAAAACAAAAAUCCAAGAGAGAAAACUUUCUCACAUCACUCUUUAGCCAGCUUUCAUCGCAGCCACUUUUACUUCCUGUACUAGUAAUAGAAUGUCUCGUAAAGCUCGUGAAGACAAGGCCGCCUGGCAUACCCCCUCAGUCUAUGCCUUUGCAGGGGACUAUGGCCCCUUCAAGACUCGAGGACAUGCUCCCAUUGAGGAUGUCUUGGUUUUCUUGACCGUCUCGGAGACUGGCCAUGAUGCUGAGGGAAAUAUUCGCCAUCCCAUGUACUCCAUGGCAGCACAAGCCCAGCAAAUUCUGUUGCAACCUCCGACGUACAAUGAUAGCAAAACUACACGUACUUUUCAGCACUUGUUGGUGGUAGAUCUAGCAGACAUGAUCCAACAAGAAGAGAGUGAGGACAACCAAGACGACAAGAACAGCAGCAGCAACAGCAGCAGCAACAGCAGUGCACUGCAAGAAGCCCUGACACGAGAAGUCAUAGAAGUGGAGCUGGUCAAGGGAUUUGGAAAAUCACUUCUACGAUUGUUGCAACGGCUGAGGUUCCACCACGUCGUCUUGGCAGCCGCGGGAGAGUUGUGUGGCUUGUCACUCAAAUUAUUUGCGGCCUUGCAAGACUACGAUCCCGAAAUUGUCACGGAUAUCUGGUUGUUGCAUCCCCUUUUGACGGCCAAAUUCAUCAAUACACACUUGGUUCCCAUGGGGCAGAAUCAGCAACAACAGCAAAGGCAACGGACCAAUGGUGGUGGAAAUGGCAGCAAAAGUGGCAAGAAGGGCCAGAAAAACAGCAGCAAACACAACCACAACAACAAGCAGCAGCAUCCACCAUCUUUGCAACUCCAUUUGGUGUUUGAAAGUGAAGUGGCGCGAGACAAACGUUUGGACAUGAUUCGGUAUGCCUUUCCGGAUGGGACGACACAAGUCAUUAGUAGUCAAGAUCAACCGGACGACCUCUUGGUCUCCUUGUUUCUUGGCAAUCCACAACAAUCCACACAAGAACAACUGUCAUGUUACAAUCCCGAUUACUGCAAUGAAAUGGGCAAGUCACUCUUCUUGAGCAAGGUCACUGUCGAAAUGGAUCGACACAGUAAACAGUACGAACGAAAUUGCCAAGAGAUCACCGCCGACUUGUUGGUGGUCCAAAGACCCAAGACGGCAGACACGGACACCACUACCGAAUCCGAUUGGAGUCGAAUGGAUUGGGCCACCUGUGAACGUCAUGUCGGCGCAUUGGCGCUACGCGGAAACCGUUGUGUUCUAGUUCGUUCGCUCCAGGGAGCUUGGUCCGGGAUGCGCCUUCCCAGCGUCGUGCCCAAACCGGACGAAUCGCCAGCGGAAGCUGCCAUUCGCGCUCUGGUGGAGUUUACCGAAGUGGAUGCAAGCGAAGUUACGGCAUUGCCGUGGGUACCCCCCGUGGCUGUUUAUGCACCCAACAAUCGACCCAUUCUGAUGCAUUUGUACCCGCUGUAUGCCACGGCGCCACCACCGGAUGGACCUCUGGAAGAUGCAGAUAUGGAAGACGAUGAAACACCGUACGAUUGGUAUACGUACACCAACGCUGUUCAAAAGCUGGACGAACGGUCUGUGGCGGCUCUGCAGACCAUGUCAUCGGCGCUGAUUGAGGCAGCCAAUGUAGCAGUAAUACCGUGCAAAUGGGGAGGAGUGUUUGGACAAGAAAUGCCUAGUCGCAGCGUUGUUCAUGAAAGCGACAAUAACAAGAACCAUACAGCUACCAAUGCACCACAGUUGGCAUCCAAUGGUGUCAAGCUGACCGCACAGGUGGAAGAAUGGAAGCCAUCGCGUCAAGGAGAUGUCUUGCAGGAUGUCCGCAAAGCAAAUGCCGGUCUCACGCAACGCAUUGCCAACCAAAAGAAUGGAGGUAACUUCAAGUUGCCAGUGACACUGCUGUCGGGAUUUCUGGGGUCGGGCAAGACGACACUGUUGUCACACAUUCUGGCCAACUACGAAGGUCUCAAGGUGGCCAUACUGGUCAAUGACAUGGGUCAAAUCAACAUUGAUGCGGCUUUGUUGAAGAAGCAAUCAGUUUCGGUCCAUCAGAGGGAGGAGCACAUGGUCGAAAUGAGUAACGGGUGUAUCUGCUGUACACUGCGUGAAGAUCUGCUCGUGGAAGUUGCCAAGAUUGCCUCGCAGGGAACCUUUGACUAUUUGCUCAUCGAGUCCACGGGAGUGUCCGAGCCCAUGCCCGUAGCAGAAACCUUUACAUUUGAGGAUAGCACGGGAUUGCGGCUUGGUGACAUUGCCCAAAUCGACACGUUGGUGACCGUGGUAGAUGGAUCGCGCUUUCUCUCCGAGUUGGACAGUCUACAAUCAUUGAAGGAGCGGGAUUGGCAUGCUGACCCAGAAGAUCAGCGAACAAUAUCCCAUUUGCUGUGCGAUCAGGUGGAAUUUGCCAAUGUGUGCGUCUUGAAUAAGUGCGACUUGAUGAGUUCGGAAGAAAAGCAAAAGGUCAAACAGUUGAUCCACAACAUGAACCCAACGGCCAGGUUGGUUGAGUCUGUUUACAGUGCUGUGUCAUUGGAUACGGUCUUGGGGACGGGUCUGUUUUCCAUGUCAGAUGCAGAGAAACACGAAGGGUGGCUCAAAGAAGCCAGAAUUGGUGAACAUACACCCGAAACUCUGGAGUACGGCAUUGGGUCUUUUACCUACAGAGCAAGGAAGCCAUUCUUCCCCCACAAAUUCCACAGCGUUAUCGAAUCCAUGCUCAAUCAAACACCACCGUUUGACAAGAGCAUCAUCCUUCGGUCGAAAGGUUUUGUUUGGCUGGCAAACUUUCCACAACUGCAAGGAGAUUUCUCUCUCGCAGGACACCAUUUUUCCCUUUUGCCGGGCAAUCCAUGGUGGGCAGAGAUCGACAAGGAGCACUGGCCUGCGAAUCUUGAACAGGCCAUUGCGCCCUUGUGGCGCGAGCCGUACGGUGAUCGGCAGCAGGAACUUGUCAUCAUCGGGCAGUCACUAGACCAAGAAUCCAUCACUGUUGCUUUGAAUGCAUGUCUGCUAUCCGAUGAUGAGAUGGAGCAAGGUCAAGAAGCAUGGAAUCAGAUGUGCGUUGAUGCCGGAGACCCGUUCCAAGAUGAUUGGGAUGCAGCGAUUGCAGCAGCACAGAGCGAAGCACACGAUCACAGCUCAGAUCAUGAGCACAGCCAUGAACAUGCCCACGAGCAUGCCCAUGCACACAACCACCAUCAAUGAGACGACGCAUUUCUAGGUGGCUGAUAGGGUACGGUGUACCGGUACGGUACGAGAGAGACAUCAAUCGAUUGGACAAGGUUAAUGUAUGUAGGACGCUUGUCUGCCUGUCCACGGUCGAUACCGGUAGUGGCUCGAGAGAUUUUGUCAAACUGCAUAGUGAUAGGGCAUGAACUGGCACCGGUGGCCACCACACAAAGUGGCAAUAAAGCAAACAUCAUCAU